AUGCAAACAUCAACGUCAUCAACGACUUCAUCAGUAAUAAUACGAAAUCGUUUAGAUAAUAUUAGUGUUGAUGGUAAUUAUUUAUCAAAAACGUUAUCAACAGUUUCAUCAAAUUUACUUUCAAUUUCACUUGUUUCAUCUUCACAAUCAUCCUCAUUAUUAACAGUUUCUAAUAGUGAUAAUGGUAAUGGAAAUUUUAUGUCCUCUGAUGAGGAUUUUGACAUUCCCGAAUGGUGUAAUAUUUUAUCGGCAAAUUGUGAAUGUCAUAUCGCUUAUCAAUUUUAUGAAUAUGAUGAAGUGAUAUUACUUGGUUUGGUGACAUUGCCAAUUGUUAUAUUUGGACUUUUGGCGAAUCUUACCUCUGUUCGUAUCUUCACUCACCGUUUAAUGUUUUCAUCGUCGAUAAAUUGGUAUCUCGCAGUGCUUUCAUGUUCUGAUACACUUAUAUUGUUUUCUGCAUUCUUCGUAUUAUCGCUACCAAGAAUUGGUGAAUAUUCAAAACUUUGGUCAGCAACAAGUCUCAGGUAUGGAAAAAACUGA